ACGGCGUUGACCGGCGCAGUGACGUCGACGAAGUGCAGGAAAUAACCAGCGAAAUUUGAUGGACCUGCCUAACAUUAACUCAAGAUGGUGUUGGAAACUAUUUCAAGGAUCAUAAAAGUUCAGCUCCCAGCCUACCUCAAGAAGCUUCCUCUCCCGGAGACUGUCGGCGGAUUUGCGCGGUUAACAGUCUCAGAGUGGCUCCGGUUGCUACCUCUCUUGGGAAUCCUGGCUCUGCUGGGCUAUUUAACCAUCCGACCCUUCCUGCCCAAGAAGAAGAAGCAGAGGGACAGCCUAAUCAACCUCAAGAUCCAGAAAGAGAACCCCAAAGUGGUCAACGAGAUCGACAUCGAGGACCUCAACAGCACAAAUGUCUGCUACUGUCGAUGCUGGCGCUCCAAAACUUUUCCUGUAUGUGACAAAUCGCACAUAAAACACAACGCGCUAACUGGAGACAACGUGGGUCCACUGAUACUCAAAAAGAAGAUUCUAUAAUCCACCAUUUCCCACUGCUGGACAACAUUUGUACUCUCUCUUUCUUUGUCCUUUCUUUCUCAUCAAAAUAUGUAUUUUUUUGUUUAUUUUUUAGAAAAGCUUUGGUUUGUACUUUGACAUUUGUCCAUAUUUUUGUGUUGGGUUUAACAUGCAGGCCUAUAUGUUGAAGUUUUGCUGCAGAGCAUUUAGUCAUUUGCACACAAAGCACCGAAUUCCACGGUCCCAUAUCUUGAAACUGUUUUUGACUCUUUUGAUGACUGUGUGGAAUGAUUGAGGUUUUCAAUAUGUUAAAUGGCCUUUCAGUAGCUUAUUGACAUUUGUGUGAAACUGUCAACUUCAUUUAUAAGGGAAUUAUAAAUACUUUUUGUAUUGCUGUAUCCAGUAACCAGUUCCAAAUCAUUGGGACCACUUUGAGGAUUAAACUUGAAACUAAAUUUUAA